CGCUGUCGUCGUCUCCCUCGUCCUCCUCUCCGUGUUGUUGUUCUCGGUGACGCGACGGAGGUGUAGCCUGACGCGGUCUCUUACGUGUCGGUCUGAAUAAAAGUGGAGCUCCGUAGACCCGGGAGUGACGAAGCGAGUCUGUGUUGGUAAGAGGAUACGCAUCCGAUGUUUGCUAAACAGAUAGAUGGCUGCCCAGAGAAGUUAUUUUCGCCUAAUAUCUGCUCAAUGCCAACAAAGAGAUCAUGGCGGCGGUGUUGCAGAGGCUCUCAAAAUGAGUCAGUCUCUCUCUGCAAGGCUCGCAGCACAACUGAGACAUAGAUUUUAAAUGACAAUGGAGGCUGGUUCAGACACACAGCAAAGUGGUGAAACAGUUGUCUCGGAGUCUGAGACCCAGCAGAUCACUCUGGCCCAGAUAGGGAAUGACUCAGGGUUGUCAUGGUUGCAGGCUUCUAUAGCAGCUGGCCAGGUGACAACCAGUGGUCCUACAGUGACUCUAGUGCAGUUACCGAACGGUCAGACAGUGCAAGUGCACGGGGUGAUCCAAGCUUCUCAGCCCUCAGUCAUCCAGUCUCCACAAGUCCAGACAGUACAGAUCUCAACUGUUGCUGAGAGUGAGGACUCUCAGGAAUCUGUUGACAGCGUGACAGAUUGUCAGAAGAGGAGAGAGAUCUUGUCCAGAAGACCUUCUUAUAGGAAGAUUCUGAACGAUUUAUCGUCGGACCCUCCCGCAGUGGCUCGAAUCGAAGAAGAGAAGUCAGAGGACGACUCAGUCCCUGCCAUCACCACGGUUACAAUGCCCACUCCCAUCUAUCAAACCAGCAAUGGCCAGUACAUUGCCAUUACCCAGGGUGGGGCCAUCCAGCUGGCCAAUAACGGCACAGAUGGCCUGCAGACGCUGACCAUGUCCAACACAGCCCAGCCGGGGGCCACCAUCCUGCAAUACGCCCAGACCAGCGACGGGCAGCAGAUCCUGGUGCCUAGCAACCAAGUGGUUGUACAAGCUGCCUCUGGUGACGUCCAGGCCUAUCAGAUCCGCACAGCCCCCACCAGCACCAUGUCAUCGGGGGUUGUCAUGGCGACCUCACCUGUAAUGGGUACAGGAGGAAGCGGCACUGAGGAAGUCACGCGAAAAAGGGAGGUCCGACUAAUGAAAAACAGGGAGGCAGCCCGCGAGUGCCGCAGGAAGAAGAAGGAGUACGUCAAGUGUCUGGAGAACCGUGUGGCCGUGCUGGAGAACCAGAACAAAACCCUCAUCGAGGAACUGAAAGCCCUUAAAGACUUAUACUGCCACAAAUCGGAGUAGAAACAUCAGCAUGUGCCUGCCAGAAGGGGGGCGCGGGGCAACAGCAAGCCCCAUGUACAGAGACUCGGCACAGGAGCCGUGCAUCUGGGUGCCACGCCCCCUUUUUCUGCUCUUGUGCUUUCUUUUUAAAAACUGCAGUAAAUUGACUCACCGGGAUUAGAAAACACACAUGAAAAGUCGGAGGAAUGUUCAGAAUGGCAACAGGGUCCUUGAAUGAACAAUGAGGAUGUUCCUUUCUUAUUGAAUGCGAUGUCACCAAAGGGAAGCAUUCCAGUCACCGGUGCCUGGAUACACACCAGCAACAGGGAGCGGCUGCACCACCAUCGCCAAGGACCUUUUUACAGGUGAAUCUCCCCAAGACUCUUUGGGAGAAGCAACGUUUGAAACCGAAACCGCUCUCUAUCACUCGCAUUAACGUGUUACUUACUAACGCUUAGAAAUGUAGACGGGCCAGGUCAUGGGACAUUUGAUCUUUUUUUAGCUGCGUUUUGUUUCACGUAUCAGAUGAUCUGCUUGCAUAAUGCCAUUUUAUUUUUUAAAUUGACUUUGCCUUGAUACGGGAUGAACACAAAAUGUAACCAGUAUGUUUGGGUUGUAACAUGGUUUUCAUGUUAAAUGCAGCUUUAAAGACUAGGGAUGUCCCGAUCACCUUUUUUUGCUCCCGAUUCCGAUCAUUUGAUUUUGACAAUUUGCCGAUACCGAUUUUUCCCGAU